GGAACAAAGAUGGCGGCGGGUGCGGCGGGAGUUGUUGCCAUGGCGGCCCGCGGGAGGGCCCCCGCCGACGGGACGCUGUGUCCGGCCGCCGGCCGCGGGGGGCUGUGAGCAGGCCCCGCCAUGCCCCAGGCCUCGGAGCACCGCCUGGGCCGCGCCAGGGACACCGGCGCCGUGGUGACCGCGCAGCCCCGGGCGGGCUCCCGCUUGCCCAGCGGCCACCGAGCGCUGAGCCAGGAGCGCCAUGCGGCCCCCAACGGGCUCUCCCCGGCCCCCAAACUGCGCCUGCUGCCCCCCCGGCCGCCGCCGACCCCCGACGACCCCCGGCCCAAGAAGCUGGAGCUGGAGCGGGGCCGGGCGGCCAAGCGGGGGGACCCCGCUCCCCGCGGGCCGGGGGGCCGCCGGGGGCCGCUCAAGGCCGAUCACGGCGUGAGGGUGCCCGGGGGGGCCCCGCAGGUGCCCGGCAGCGCUUCCUUCUCGCUGCCCAGCGCGGCCGAGCGGCGCCGGAGCAACCUGGCCCGCUCCAAAUCGACCCACCACACGCUGCUGCUGGGCUCGGGCCACGUCGGCCUCAGGAAUUUGGGCAACACGUGCUUCAUGAACGCCGUGCUGCAGUGCCUGAGCAGCACCAAACCUCUGCGGGACUACUGCCUGCGCCGGGACUUCCAGCAGGAGAGCCCCCCCGGCCCCCGCGCCCCCCAAGAGCUCACCGAAGCCUUCGCCGAUGUCAUCGCCGCCCUGUGGCACCCCGACUCCUCCGAGGCUGUCAACCCCGGGCGCUUCAAGGCCGUGUUCCAAAAAUAUGUGCCCUCCUUCACGGGCUACAGCCAGCAGGACGCGCAGGAAUUCCUCAAGUUCUUCAUGGACCGGCUGCACGUGGAGAUCAACAGGAAGGGCCGGCGCACGCCCAGCAUCCUGUCGGACACGCGGAGACCCCCCGGCCCUGGAGGACCCCGAAACGCUCAGGUGAGAGGGGAGGGAGGGAUGCUGGGGAAGGGGGAACUCCGCGACGACGAACGCGCCAACCAGAUGUGGAAGCGCUACCUGGAGAGGGAGGACAGCAAGAUCAUCUCUUUGUGGGGGCAGCUGAAGAGCUGCCUCAAGUGCCAGGCCUGCGGCUACCGCUCCACCACCUUCGAGGUGUUCUGCGACCUCUCGCUGCCCAUCCCAAAGAAAAGCUUUGCCGGGGGCAAGGUCUCGCUCCACGACUGCUUCAGCCUCUUCACCAAGGAGGAGGAGCUGGACUCGGAGAACGCCCCGGUGUGUGACAAGUGCCGGCAGCGCACGCGGAGCACCAAGAAGCUGACGAUCCAGCGCUUCCCACGCAUCCUGGUGCUCCACCUGAACCGUUUCUCCACCACGCGCUACUCCAUCAAGAAAUGCUCCGUCUUCGUGGACUUCCCGCUGCAGCAGCUCAACCUGCGGGAGUUCGCCCAGCGAGAAGGCGGCCCCGUCUACAGCCUGUACGCGCUGUGCAACCACUCGGGCAGCGUCCACUACGGGCACUACACGGCCUUCUGCCGCGACCCCGCCGGCUGGCGCGUCUACAACGACUCCCGCGUCUCGCCCAUCAGCGAGAACCAGGUGCCGUCCAGCGAGGGCUACGUGCUGUUCUACGAGCUGGAGGAGCCCCCCGGCCGCAGAGCCUGA